AUGGAUGAUUUGCAAACAUCUGAGGAGACAACCUUUGUCUCAGAUGAAGUAAAAAACAUAGUUAAAGAGAGUAUUGAAAGCAUCAUUGGUUCUAGUUCCUAUUCACACAGUAAGGUACAACAGUGGACUUCAUCCGUGAUUGAACAAUGCCUCAGUCAGUUGACUAAACUUGGAAAGCCUUUUAAGUACAUCGUCACCUGUGUAAUCAUGCAGAAAAGUGGAGCCGGACUACAUACUGCAAGUUCUUGCUAUUGGGAUAGUUCUACUGACGGGAGUUGUACAGUAAAAUGGGAAAACAAGUCUAUGUAUUUCAUUGUUACAGUGUUUGGCUUAGCGAUAUAA